GAGUCUCUCACCACGGGGGGAGGCUUCUUCAGCGGCGUCCCAUUUGCAUGGUUCCCUGUCCUGCUCGGGGAAUUAGCCUUUUUCUUUUUGCCAUUGUCCCUCUAUUCCCCCCUUUUCCACCUUGGAGAGAGCGCAUCCAUCCAGCGCUUGUUUCUGAGGCAGACAAUGGAGUGAGGAGUAUUUAGGACACUUGGCAGGGUAGGCAUGUUGGAGGGGAUGGGGGACACGGGCUGCUAAGUAGCUCAUCCCCGUCACACAGCCACAGGCAUGAUAGCUCUCCACAGCAAGGAAAUCCAGGCAGUCCUGCUAAUGUUCCAUCAGCUGAGCUUUAAGCUGUAACCCCAGCAGGUGGUUCUCACUUCAGCAUCAUGCUGCACCUCACCCUGCUCCUCCAUCUCCUGGUCCUCUCACUCUCUCCUGCAGAUGCAUCAUUCCAUGGGGAGGUACCUGACUUUUAUAGAGAUGAAGCCGCAGGUUUCGGGCCAGUGUUUGAGGAGCAGCCGGUGGACACCAUCUACCCCGAGGAGUCGCCCGAGGCCAAAAUCAUCCUAAACUGCCGCGCUCGGGCCAAUCCACCUGCCACAUACAAAUGGAGGCUUAACAACUUGCACAUUGAUCUGAAUGAAGAGGGCAGCCUCUACAGUUUAGCGGGAGGCAACCUGGUCAUCAACAACCCACUCAAAACCAAACACGAAGGGGAUUACUCCUGCAUGGCUUCCAACAUGUUCGGCACGGUCGUCAGCCGAAAGGGCUCGGUCCAGUUCGGAUACCUGGAUCUUUUCUCGUCAGAGGAGAGGGAGACGGUGAAAGUCAAAGAGGGACAGGGGGCAGUGCUGCUCUGCGCUCCCCCGCCACAUCAUCCAGCCGAGCUGUCGUUCCGAUGGAUCCUCAAUGAAUUCCCCACCUUCAUCCCGCUGGACCAGCGGCGCUUUGUCUCCCAGUCCAACGGGAACCUAUACAUCUCCAAGGUGGACUCGUCAGACACCGGCAACUACUCCUGCAUCGCGUCCAGCACGUCCAUCUCCAAGAGCGUGUUCUCCAACUACAUCCCUCUAGUGCCCCAGGCUGAACGUCCCAUCAGGAAGUACCCUGCUGACCUGAAUGUCAAGUUCCCAGACACCACAGCUCUGGUCGGGCAGAAUAUCACCUUGGAGUGCUUCGCUUUGGGAAACCCCGUGCCUGAGAUCCACUGGAAAAAGUUGGAGGGGCCCAUGCCGCCCAAUCAUGAGAAGGCGGGGGCUCAUCUGCACCUGUACAAUGUGCAGUUUGAAGAUGGCGGCACGUAUCGGUGCGAGGCGGUGAACUCGAGAGGAAAAGACUACCACACUGCACGUUUGUCUGUAGAAGCUUUCCCUGAGUGGGUAGAGCACAUCAGCAGCACAGAGAACGACCUCAAUAGCGAGUACACCAUGUCCUGCGAAGCCAGCGGCAAACCCAAACCACACAUCCACUGGCUGAAAGACGGAGAACCGCUCGACAGGAAAGAGAUGCAGUUCAGCAGCCUGAUGUUUGACGACUCGGGGAUGUACCAGUGCAUAGCACAGAAUCACCACGGAGUCAUAUAUGCCAACGCCGAGCUGCGUGUGUUUGCCUGUGCUCCCACGUUUGAACACAACCCAGUGAAGAGAGUCCUGGUGGCUAAAAACGGCCGGGUGGUGAUCGAGUGUCGACCAAAAGCUGCUCCAAAGCCGAACUUCGCCUGGAGCAGAGACACGGAGCUGAUCUCCAACUCUACCAGGGUGUUCAUCUGGGAGGACGGGAGCCUGGAGAUCCUCAACGUGACGCGGGCAGAUGAAGGCAGGUACACCUGUUUCGCCGAGAACGACCGGGGCAAGGCCAACAGCACGGGCGCUCUGCUGGUUACAGAGUCCACAAAGAUCACCUUGGCGCCGUCCAACGCUGACGUUAAAGUGGGUGAGAACACCUUGAUGCAGUGUGCCGCGUCGCACGACUCCUCCCUGGACAUCACCUUCAUCUGGUCGCUGGACGGCCGCGUUAUUGACCUGCACAAGGAGAGCCAGCACUAUGAACGCACACCGAACGGGAGCUCGAACGGCGAGCUGCUGAUUAGAAACGCCCAGCUGAAGCACGCCGGACGAUACAGCUGCACUGCGCAGACCCCUGUCGACAACAUUACCGCCUCUGCCCACCUGGUUGUCAGGGGUCCCCCAGGGGCCCCAGGUGGGUUGCGAGUGGUGAACAAAACCGACAACAAUGUGAUGCUGCAGUGGAGCCGAGGGGCAGACAACCACAGCCCCAUCUCCAAGUACACCAUCCAGUACAGGGAUUCCCUCCAGAACGACGUCUGGAAGAACGGCACUACAUCUCCUGCGGAUGUAGAGGGGAACACAGAGACAGCUACCGUGGUGGAUUUGCUCCCCUGGACCGAAUAUGAGUUCAGGGUGAUUGCCACCAACACCCUGGGGACAGGAGAUCCGAGCAGCCCGUCGCCUAAAGACACGACCCUGGAAGCAAAUCCUGUGGUGGCGCCCUCGGACAUCGGCGGGGGUGGAGGGACCAGCAGAGAGCUGACCAUCACGUGGACGCCGGUGCAGCCACAGUACUACUACGGUUCCAACUUUGGCUACAUCGUGGCCUUUAAACCUCAAGAUGACGACCAGUGGAGGAGGGUGAUAGUGUCCGACCCCCAGGCCAGCCGCUACGUCCACAAAGAGUUGUCCAUCGUCCCUUUGACCAAGUUCCAGGUCAAAGUCAAAGCGUUCAACAGCGUAGGAGAGGGACCCUACAGCCUCACAGCCACCAUUUCCUCCGGGCAGAAUGCUCCAUCCGAAACUCCUGUGAGCGUCAACAGCAGAGCUCUCUCUGCCACGGAAGCCAUUGUAAGGUGGCAGUCGCUCUUACAAAGCAAUAUAGAGGGAUACCAGGUGAAGUACUGGAGGAAUCUGGAAGACGGCGAGGGUGGGGCUCAGAGGGUGGUGGUGCCCAGCAAGGAGAACCACGCCAAGUUGGAGGGCAUGAAGCCCGACUCCGUUUACCUCAUUGAGGUCAGGAGCUACAACUCUGCAGGCUUCGGGCCGUCCAGCGAACACAUCCAGAUCCACACCAAGAAACCCCCUCCCAGUCGACCGCCAAAAAUAACAGGUAAAAAGUUAAAGGGCAAUUUAGUAAAUAUUUCCUGGGACCACGUCGAACCGCUGGAUAACGAGGCAUCGAUAAAUGGCUACAAAGUGCUGUGCAGGCAGCAGGGUAACUCCACAUCCACCCUGUACACAACAACUAGGCGGUACAUAGAUCUUCCCAUGCCUCCAGAUGUGACCUAUGUGGUGGAGGUCCGGGCGUACACAGAAGGAGGAGACGGGGCUGUGGCACGAAUCCGUAUCACAGGUGGCGGUGUGAUGGCUGCCCAGUCCCUCAGCAUACUUUCCCUGCUCCUGGCGGCCCUCCUCUGCCUGAACCUCUGAAUGUAGCGCCAUCUUUGUCUUCACUCCUCGUGAAGAAGACUCUUUAAGCUAGACGCCAGUUAAGGACUUUGGGACUUUCCACACUCUCUCGGUUCCACCCUACAACCCGGGACUUCGUAUAUUCCAACUCUUCCCCUCUGGAAUUUGUUUGCGGGAAUAGACAGAAAUGGAAAAAAAAUUGGAAAUGGACAAAGACAUCCCUUAUUUAUCCACAAAAAACACCUCUUUGGAGGAGCGUCAAAAGGAGAUCUGUCAACUUUUUAAAUAUGCCUUAUAUAAAUGACUGCACUUAUCCUUCACAGUGAGCUGUUUUUAAAUGGAUCGUGGCUGAAUAUGUGAGCAUUACACUUUACACAGGUUGGCAGUUUAAUGUCUAUAACAUGUUCCAAUCUGUCCCACAGUGCAUUCCACAGUGAAAGUAAACAAGUAGCUGCGAAGGAUAAGUGAACAAGUUUAUAAAACUGUCUUUGUCUUUCUUUACUUGCAGUUCAGUGGCAUUUUCUUAUGUUUUCUUUUCUAAAUGAAGCACAUACUCUGUUACAGAGAUACAGUCAAAGCAAAUCUCAGCCUUUUACAUACUUGGUUUUUUAACAAGCAUCAUAGAGAAGAGCUAUAUAUGUCAUGCUGAAAUAAUAUAUCCAAUAAUUGAUAUUGUUUUGCUAUCUAAUAUACUAUGGAUGUUAUGCAGAGAAAUAGAUUGAUUUGACCUGGAAUCAGUGCUUAUUUACAAAUCACAACAUGAACUCGAGACCAUAUUCACACGGCAGCCAUUUUCCUCUGAUGUCAUGCUCGGGGGUGGGGAAGCUCAAAUGCUGUUUAAACAGAAUAAUGCAGUGUUGCUGCGAUCCGUGUUUGAAACCCAUAUAAACACAGCGAAUCUGACAAACUAUUUUCAUUUCUCAGGUCCUGAACUCAUCAGCAGCUGAGUAAACAAUACAUAGUUCAAAUCUGGCUUAAAUCAUUGUCCCGGAAGUGCAUUGAUAUCUCAGGAUUAUAUUGUCUUUCCCGUUGUAUAACAUGUGUUAAACAGUGAUGUUAGCUAGGAAGUGGUUGAAUGCUUACGUUAGCUGUAGAUCAAGUGUUGUGUAAUCUUGAAAUAUGGUGCCAUGUCCCUCCAGAUUUGAACUACCCAUUGUCUUUCCAGUUGCUGAUCAGUUAGGAAGCGGUGAAAUGAAAACAGUUUGUCAGAUUCUCUGUGUUUUUGGGACUUAUAAAACUUGGAUCACAGCAACACAACAUUAUUCUGUUCAUAACAGGAUUAGCCCCUCCCACCCGAAUCAUGCCGCCAGAGGAAAAUGGCUGCUAUGCGGCUAUGGUCUCUUAAACCACUUUAAAGUUGUGUGCAUGUUGACAUUGUUACAUGAGUAAAUUUGAAAUGGUUCAGAGGUGUUGGGGAGGGUCAGCACGUGGAUCAAUAUUUGCAAAACUGAAUGUAAAGCAAACCACGGGACCAGGUGAACAUAUCAAACAUAUUGAACGUGUUCUUAUUCUGACUGCUGAUUUACCACCUGUAGUUAUACGUGUACAUCUGUGCAGUGAUCAACACCUCAACAUCUGGGUCAAUGUCGUAAACGAUGCUUAAAAAAAAAAAACGCUAAAUUAGAAGUACUUUUGUUUUGACUGUAUCACGAGGACCUCAGUGGUACAAGCUCGUGCUUUGUAAAGAAUGUUGGCUUUUUACAUUUUCAUGUUGUCUCUCAUUUAUGGCUUCGUGUGAGAGUCACAGUAGCGACGCUCAUGCCCUCCAGUAAUUGUGCAAUGUCUGAUUCAUCCGUGGCUAACUUUAUAUAUUUUCCAAUAAGACAACUUGCCUAGCUCCUUUAACAGUAAAUCUAGUAUAUUUCAAUUUUUUCAUUAUCUUGUUUUAACAGAAGGUAUAAGCGAAGGCAUCCAUGUCGGCGGAAAGAGCCAAAGGUCAUGACAUUGUUUUCACUCCAUUAUUUUAAACUUUUUUUUUUAACAAAGAAAUAUAUGAACAUUAUCAGCUGUUGUCAUUUUUUUGUUCAUAAUUAAUAUAUGUGUAUGUCUUCACAGUUUAAAUGUUGAUUUCCCUCAACAACAAAUGCUGCGUUUUGAAUUCCUACGAUUCACGUGUUGUGUGACUGAUGCUGGCCAUGCUUCUACAUUGUGACUAUAUCAACAUCCACCACAAAGUGCUUUUGCCGGUCAUUUCCUUCAUGCGACAAAUCGAAACAAAAAAAAAAGAGUUGCCAAAUGCAUGAAUGCCGACAACCUUGACUGACAUUUGGGUCGAGGCGGUGACUCUACGCUCUAACAUGCAUGACAUUGCAGAUGAAGUGUACAUUACUUUGCAACCAAUCGACACCAUAGCGACUUCUCAACCUCUGUGCUUCAUCUGAAAUACAUUCCAUUACUGAGUGACAUCCCUGUAUGUCAGCGACAGUAGAGAUCUGAGCCUAACACGGGCUUCUUUCAUCUCAUGUGACGUUUUAGGGUGAGUUUUUAAAGAGAAAAAUCUAACUAAAGGAAUCUCACUCGUAAAAAAGCUCAGACAUGGUCUCUUGCACACGAUGGUUGGAAUUUGAUGGCAUCACUGGAGGCAGUGGCAGCGUGUUUGGCUGUUCAGUGCUCCGCUGGACGUGAACGGUACAUGUGAGGGCUGAAACUGGAACUUCUCAUUGGCUGGAUAAGGAACAAUAAAAGUGUAGUUAACUAUUAAA